AUGCAUCGUACGCAGCCAUCUAAUGAUGAACCGAAUGUGGGAGAAAUGUUGUAUGCUGAUCGUUUUCCUGGAAUAGCGUUCGUGCACCUGUCCACGGCCUUCUGCCACCCGACGCAGGCGGUGCUGGAGGAGCGCUGCUACCCGCCCCCGGCGCCGCCACAGGACUUGCUGCGCCUCGCCGACUGGCUGGACGAGGACGCGCUCAACUCGCUCGCUCCGCGGCUGCUCGGGGCGCACCCGAACUGUUACACGUUCUCGAAGCAGCUGGCCGAAAGCCUGGUGAACGACGCUCGUGGCCGCAUGCCAGUGAUCAUCGUAAGGCCCUCCAUUGUGCUGCCGGCGCUGGAGGAGCCGGUGGCGGGCUGGGUGGACACGCUUAACGGGCCCAUGGGGCUGGUGGCCGGCGCGGGCAAGGGCGUCAUCCGCUCCAUGCUCGUGGGCAGGCACUUCUUGGUGGAGGUGGUGCCCGUGGACAUCGCCGCCAACGCCAUCAUCUGCGCCGCCUGGGACGGCGCCCUCCGCGGGAAGGAGCAGGCGGAGACGCCCGUGUACAACCUGACGUCGGGCGACAUGGUGCGCGUGACGUGGGGCGAGGUGCUGGAGGUGGGGCGCAAGCUGGUGUACGAGGAGCCGUUCGAGGGCGUGGUGUGGUACCCCGACGGCGACAUCCGCGACAGUCGCCUCGCGCACGAGCUCAUCGUCUUCUUCUUCCACGUGCUGCCCGCCUACCGUCGCGUGCGCGUGGGGCUGGAGCUGCUGCAGUACUUCACGACGCGGCAGUGGCGCUUCGCGACGGCGCGCGCGCGCUCGCUGGAGGCGCGCCUGCGGCCGCGCGAGCGCCGCCUGCUGCGCCUGUCCGUGCGCGACCUGGACGUGGAGGCCGCGCUGCGCGCCAUGCUGCUGGGCACGCGCCAGCUCUACGUGAUUCACCAGCUGACGAAAUUAUUGUUUUGGGGCGCACUUGUCUACGUUCCCCUGAUGUACAUAACCAUCUUCAGAACAACGCUGGAUGCAGUCUGCACUCAAGUUUUUGGUAACAUCCCUUUUCCCAUCGUGCCAAUAAAAUAAAUCUCAAAGGUUACUAAGGAACUUUUGAGUAAAAUGUUUACAGAAAACGUUGCUAACGUAUUAAUAUAUUUGUAAUAGUACGUAAUGAAGUAGUAGUGCUUGGUUUUGACGCUCAAAAUAUGACUGUAUCUUAUUGUGAUAAAAUGAAAACAAUGUAUCUCUACUAACA